GCGGGGCCGGGCCGGGAGCGGCGGCGGGACGCGGCGGAGCUGCCUCUCGCCAUGGGCGGUGGGUACCGGGCCCGGGCCCCGCCGGGAGCGGGGCUGCUGCUCGCCCACGCCGUGCUGCUCUGCGCUGCCGGGAGCGCCGCCACCGACGGCUCCGUGAAUCCCUGUUGCUAUUUCCCCUGCCAGCACCAAGGGGUGUGCGUGAGGGUCGGCCCGGGAGGUUACGAGUGCGACUGCACGCGGACGGGAUACUUCGGGGACAACUGCACCUCCCCCGAGCUCUGGACGCGCCUCCACGACCUGCUGAAGCCCAGUCCUGCCUUCUACCACUUCAUCCUGACCCACUUCAAGUGGUUUUGGGACAUUAUCAACAGCACCUUCAUCAGGGACACGCUCAUGAGGCUCGUGCUCACAGUUCGUGCCAAUCUCAUCCCCAGCCCCCCCACCUUCAACUCUGACUACGGCUACAUCAGCUGGGAGGCCUACGCCAACGUCAGCUAUUACACCCGCGUCCUCCCACCCGUGCCAGACAACUGCCCGACGCCCAUGGGGACCAAAGGGAGGCAGCAUCUGCCCGACCCCCAGCUCCUGGCGGAGAGGUUCCUGCUGCGGCAGAAGUUUGAAGCCGAUCCCCAAGGCACCAACCUGAUGUUUGCCUUCUUCGCCCAGCAUUUCACCCACCAGUUCUUCAAGACGUCCGGGAAGAUGGGACGCGGCUUCACCAAGGCGCUGGGCCACGGGGUGGAUCUCGGGCACUUGUACGGGGACAACCUGCAGCGGCAGCACCAGCUGCGACUCUUCAGAGACGGGAAGCUGAAAUUCCAGGUGGUGGAUGGAGAGGUGUACCCCCCCAUGGUCACCGAUGCUCCGGUUCACAUGGUCUACCCAUCCGACAUCCCCAAGGAGAAGCAGCUGGCGAUGGGGCAAGAGGUGUUUGGGCUGCUGCCGGGGCUCUGCAUGUAUGCCACGCUCUGGCUGCGCGAGCACAACCGCGUCUGCGACGUCCUGAAACGGGAACAUCCCACCUGGAGCGAUGAGCAGCUCUUCCAGACGGCUCGUCUCAUCCUCAUCGGGGAGACCAUUAAGAUCGUCAUUGAAGACUAUGUCCAGCACCUCAGCGGGUACUACCUGAGCCUCAAGUUUGACCCCGAGCUGCUGUUUGGGACACAGUUCCAGUACCGGAAUCGCAUCGCGGUGGAGUUCAACCAGCUCUAUCACUGGCAUGGGCUGAUGCCCGACUCCUUCAUCGUCCAGGGGGAAGAGUACAGCUACGAGCAGUUCCUCUACAACACCUCCAUGCUCAUGGACUAUGGCGUGGAGGCGCUGGUGGAGUCCUUUUCCAAGCAGAUUGCAGGAAGGAUCGGUGGGGGACAAACCAUCAACGCCAAUAUCUUGAACGUGGCCGUUGGGGUCAUCAAGGAGUCCCGUCAGCUGAGGCUACAGCCGUUUAACGAGUAUCGGAAGAGGUUUGGCAUGAAGCCCUACAAGUCCUUUCAGGAGCUGACAGGAGAGGAAGAGAAAGCGGCGGAGCUGGAAGAGCUGUACGGAGACAUCGAUGCUCUGGAGUUUUAUCCAGGCUUGCUGCUUGAGAAACCCCAACCCAAUGGUAUUUUUGGGGAAAGCAUGGUAGAGAUCGGAGCUCCGUUUUCCCUGAAGGGGCUUCUUGGAAACCCCAUCUGCUCCCCAGAGUACUGGAAACCCAGUACAUUCGGUGGAGCAACCGGCUUUGAGAUAGUUAAGACAGCGUCGCUCGAGAAGCUCGUGUGCCUCAAUGUGAAGAAGUGCCCGUACGUGGCGUUCCGUGUGCCGGAUACUGUGGAAAACGGCAGCCCUCGGGGUGGUGGAUCAUCUACUGAGCUCUAGCACCAGGACAGCUUGCCCAGGGAGCGGCGGGGACACAGGGACCUGCCCACCCCUGUGCCGAGCAGAAGCAGGACAGAAGAUGGUCCCAUCCUGGGCAUCCUCCACACCAGCCCUCGAGGAGAGGCCGGUACCAGCUCUGUGAGAAGCUCGAGUGCCUCAGGAGUGUGGCUGCCACUGCUGUCCUCAGCAGCCCCGACUCUUUUGCUAGUGAAUACCUUGCAUGAAGCCAGCUUUGGGGUUCCCCAGGGGACGCCCGCCUCCCCGGAACGCUCCGGACUCCCCUCCGCUUCGUCACCCACUGCCCCCGCUGCUUUCCAGCACCAGGCCACCAGCAAGCCCCUCUUUCACAGGGACAGAGGAGCGCGGAGCCCGGGGACCCCUCCCGGUCCAUCCACCCCAGCCUGCCCAGCACGUGGGCAUAGCCGAGACACAGCCCAGAAGAAGGAGCCAAAGCAGUGUCUCUGCGGGAGGAGACCUGGGGAGGAGCAUCAGAUGGGGCCUCCCAGACCUCCUGCAUUUCCCAGCUGCUGGGUGGGAGCCCAGCACCCACUGCUGGCUGCCCGUGCUGGGCUGCUCAGAGCAAGAUGCUACCUCUGUGAUGAAGUCUCUUCCAUCCUAUGAUCAUUACACUUCCCUGCAUUAAUAGCUCAGCAAAUGACGUCCCCAAGGCACACAGACCUCGCUUCUGCCCUGCUCCAGAAAUGCACGCCGAUGUCAGCCCUCACUGACAUAAUGACAUGGUAGCUGACAGCCACUGUCACCUGGAUCCCCAUCAGAUCCUGAUUCACCUCCAGGAAAAUGGACAUUUUUAAAAAAUAAAUGAUUUUACCAACUCCUCCCAUUUCCUCCAGCCAUUUUCCAAGCUUUGUCUUGCCAGCGCCAGGCCCUGCAAGAGGGCAGGACGCUCAGGAGGCAGCAGGAGCUGGGGGAGAAGAAGAGUCCCUGGAGCAUUGCUGGAAGGCUGGUGUCCCUGCUGGGACACAGCGGGGCCAUGCAGCCAGCACUGUGCCGUGUAAUUGCUGACUGCAUCAAAAGAAGUAAACGGGGACCCCCCUCGAGAUGCUUUGGUGGGGGGUCUCCGAGCCUGAGUCUCCUGUGAAGGUUUGAGCUGCGCUGCCCUCCAUCCACCACCCCCCCACAGCCCUGUGCUGCGCUGCUCCGAUGCUGAUAACACGGCGCUUACAUCCGACCCUGUGUAUUUCUAUCACAUAAAAUCUAUCCACAUGUAAA